GCCAGUUCGGUAACAGACCAGGAAAUCAAGCUGGCUAAUGCAACUUAGAAAGGCAGGCUAGAACGCUGCUCGUAGCAGGGAGACGUAGGCGUACCAAAGUUUUUUUUAUUAUAAAAAGUUACCUUAAUUAGAAAGUUUAUAGUUAUAUUAGCGGCUACAUAAAGCUUAGUCAUGGCAUCUCUAUUCAAGAAGAAGACGGUAGACGACAUCAUAAAGGAGCAGAAUAAGGAGCUCCGGGGGACGCAGAGGCAGAUCACCAGAGACAGAACUGCGCUGGAGAGACAGGAGAAGCAGAUGGAGAUGGAGAUAAAGAAGAUGGCAAAGACGGGGAACAGGGAGGCGUGUAAGAUCCUGGCCAAGCAGCUGGUCCAGCUGAGGAAGCAGAAGAACCGCACCUACGCCGUCAGUUCAAAGGUCACCUCCAUGUCCACCCAGACAAAGGUCAUGAACUCCCAGAUGAAGAUGGCAGGAGCCAUGUCCACCACGGCCAAAACCAUGCAGGCCGUCAAUAAGAAGAUGGAUCCACAGAAGACGCUGCAGACCAUGCAGGACUUCCAGAAGGAGAACAUGAAGAUGGGAAUGACCGAGGACAUGAUCAAUGACACCUUGGACGAGAUUUUCGACGAUUCUGGAGACGAGGAGGAAUCUCAGGAUAUUGUGAACCAGGUUCUGGACGAGAUCGGCAUCGAAAUCUCGGGAAAGAUGGUGAGAGCCCCGGCAGCGGGAAAAGGCCUGCCCAGCGCAUCACCCGCCAAAGCAGCCGCCAUCUCAGACGAGGAGAUCGAGAGACAGCUCCGUGCCCUGGGGGUGGACUAAACCUGGAGCGUCCCGCCAUUCCCGCUAACGCCACGCCGUAACCAGGGCAGCGGUGCCCGUCUUCUCAACAUGGGCAGAGCGUGUAAUGAGGGGGGUGGGGGGGUAGUUGAGCUUGAAGGAUGAAUGGUAGUUUGAAGGUACAUGAUGAAUGGUAGUUUGAAGGUACAUGACGAAUGGUAGUUUGAAGGUACAUGAAGGAAGAAUGUCAGUUUGUUUUUUCCUCAUGUGAUGGGGGUAUUUUUAAAAGGGGGGGGGUCAGGGGACAGAGUGGCUCUGAAUGGACAUCACAGGAGGAAGUGACAUCAUUUAUUGGGGUUGGGGGAAGUAGGUGUAUAAUUUAUAAUCUGUGGAAGGAAGCCUGUAGACAGCACUUCCACAGCUAAUGAAGGAUCUGCGUUAAAUGCACAAACAGUCCACUGUGACUUCUUCCACAUACAGCCAGUUUAGCGCAAGCAUACAGCUAUUAGUGUGAUGCUAUGUGCCUGAGGGUCUCCAUGCUAGCAGUCAACCCAUCAUCUCUUACCUGACUGUGCUGGGGUCCCGCAGUGCAAAAAAUUACCAUCUUAACAAGCGUUUUAGUCUCAUUUCUUUUUCUCAAGUAGAAAUAAAUGCUGGUUCAAAGUUAGUGUUUGCUUGACAAGUGAAAUCUUCUUAUUCCAUUGGCAAAUUUUGAAAUGAGUUUGUCUUCCCUCAUUGGCAAUAUUUUGUCAUCUUUAGCAAAAAAAAGUAAAAGAAAUAAGAUUUUACGUGUAACAUAAUUAAAAAAAACAUUGACGUAUUUUUUUGCUUUUUGCAAUGCAGUACUGUGGAUAUAGGCACUGAUACAAUAACACUGAACCUCAAAAAAAGGUUUUGCAUGAAAAUCUGCCUAACCUUAACGUGUCACCCACAAGCAAUUCUGUAUAAAUAACUGGGGUGCAAAAUGGUUUAAAUUGCCAAUGUAGAACACAAUGUAGAUAAUAUACAUUGUAUGCAUAUUGAUUUCAGGUCAUUUCUUCGCAUUGCUGAGCUGCCCUGAAAUUUUUGCCAUGAAUUAGUAUUUUUUACUUACUACAUGAACAAUUAUUUUGUCUUCCAUUUUCUCUUUCCUAAAGGGUAUAAACAGGAGGCUAUUUUUCUCUUCAGGGUGUAAAUACAGUAAGUGCUAAUCCUUUAAUGUAAAUUACUUUUGGACGAUUCUACCGUACUGGUGUCUCCAUGGUGACUGGUUUCCCUGGAGCGCAGGUGAACUGUGCUGACAUUGGCGACACAUCACAGGCACCAUUAUUCAGUUUUCUGUAGAUAUGAGUUCACCUCACCGUGUGAUUGCUAACAAGUGUAAAUAAGGAACCCAGGUUUGAUUUGAGUUUUUUUUUUUGCUUGAUCGUGUGGUCUUUGAUUUUGUUACUGGAAAUUUUUUAAUGUUUUUUUUAAUGAAAUGUACAGCUUUCUUUUUUUUUUUGUUUUUUUUUUUGGUAAUUUCCAUGAAUAAAAUCCCUUUUCAACUGCAA